AUGGGCGACAACCCGUCCGCGAAGAUAGACGCUGCCGAGAAGCGGCAUGCACGAUCUUACGAGCUUCUCGAGCAAGCGCGGGAGGCAGCCAAGAAGUCGUCGGAAUACGACAGCCUGGCCACGCGCAGGAAGAUGUCCGAGGAAUGCAAGCGUCGCGCAGGUUUCGAGCCGAAGAAGGAGCAGCUCGACAUCGCAGAGUCCAUGCUGCUCGGCCUCGACUCGACAGUAAUGGCCGCGACUGGGUGGGGCAAAAGCGUCCCAUUCGCGCUCCCUCUGUUUGUGCGGCCGGGGAAGACCAUCAUCGUGAUCUCACCACUGAACGACGACGAUCAGGUAGGCUCUCGGUUAUGCGUCAAUGUUGGCUUGCUCAUGUUGUGGAUGCCAGGCAAAGAGAAAGUGAAAAAGGAAAACCACGAUAUCAUCAUCGUCGGCCCAAAGCUCUGCUUGGAUCCGGAUGGCGCGUUUCGGCCGCUGCUCCGCAACUCGAACUUCACGAACAGGAUCCUUGCCGUGGUUAUGGACGAGGCUAACUGCAUCGCGCAAUGGGGCACAACUUUCGCCCUGAGAACCGACGCACCCGUUCAUGCAGCCUCGGCCACGCUGACUCCCGCUGCCCUCACGGUAGCACGCAGGGCUCUCCAUAUCCGCGCGGACGACUCCUUUCACCUAAACCUCGGCAACGACCGGCCGAACAUCGCUUGGGAGGUGCGCUUGAUGAACCCGGCAAAGAGCGACCUUGAGUCUCUGGACUUCGUGCUCGGGUCCGAGGAGGACUUGGACAAGGCCGAGCUGCUCCCACGAUCCGUCGUCUUCUUUGACGACGUCGAGAUGUCACUCCAGGCCCUGCGGCGACUUCGAAGCAAGGUCCCCGAACGCCUUGGAAACCGUAUCUGCAUGUACAACCCAAUGCGUUCAGCGCUAUCAAACCAGAUAGUCUUCAAGCUCUUUCAGCAGGGGCGUGUCGACAUCCUGCUUGCAACGGAAGCGGCAGGGAUGAGUUUCGACGUUUCAGACAUCCCCCUGGUGGUCCAAUUCUUGGUCCCGUCAUCCCUCGAGACGUGGAUGCGGCGCGCCGGCCGGGCAGGUCGCAAUAAGGACAUUCGCGCUCGAGCCAUACUGCUAGUACAGCCGACUGUUUUCCGCGAGGAGGGGAAGAAAACGCGUCAGCCUGGGGAUCCGAGAUUGUAUGUGGAGGAGAUCAAGCCGGACUUGCUCGACUGGAUCACAGCAUCUGAGGGCGAGUGCCGCCGCGCGAUCGCGGACCGUGUCUUCGACAAUCCUCCUCGGGAAGCACCGACCGGUUCUUGCUGUGACAACUGCGAGGCGCGCACGGUUCGCGCGGAAGCCGCCGAACGCCGUGAAAGCGAGGAGCCGGCCCGUGCCUCAGAUAGCGAGCCCAACAAGGCUAGCGACACAUCCACUUCCACGGAAAACAUCGAUGCACGGACUAUCGACGCGGACCGGGGGACACCUCAGGGAAGCUUUGGCCCGACUGCACGAGUGGCGCAGGCGGACGUGGUUUUCUGA